ACGGACUGAUACAAAGAUACGAACGAAGAUACAAUGGAGAAGAACCUACUUAACUUCGUUAUCAUCACAAUCAUAUUUGCUUUGAGUGUCGUGGAAAGUAAAGGCAAUUCUAAUGUUCCUAACUAUCAUGACGAACUAUCGAAACUUGAAAACCAUCUCAUAGCAAGACUUUUGAAGAACGACGUGGACGCCGAAUUAGAAUUGGACAGUGCUGACGAAAACACAAACUUUGGCGGCCACGAUCUACAUGAACCUGGACAAAAGAAGAGAUUACGAAUUCCUGAUGGCGCAAGGUUCAGACCGUUGCCAAUUUGUAGACCUUACGUACCGUUUCUUUCGACGUUCCAGUGCUGUGAACGUGGAUUCACUCAUGUCGAUUUAACAAGCAAUGCUCCAUGUGAUGGAAUUAAUACCGCAGCAGGUGUUCAAAUCCUUCAACAGCCAACAGCACAGACAAGCUUAACUGGGGACUGCAACAAAAGAGCACUUCUGAAGAUAAACUUUGAGAAGUUUACAAAGGACCCAUGUGACUACUGCUUAAGAAAACCAUUAUGUGGUAGACGUAUGUUGAGAAUAGAUCUGACACUUAGUUCUGGUACACGAUCAGGUUGGGGGUUUAAUAUAGGAGACAGCAGAACAAACGAUGGAUACAGGGGUGAUUACAACACACAGAUGAAUGACGCAGAGGCUGAAGGUGUUUUUCCUGCAGUUCGACUUUAUCACAGCGAUAGGUGCAAUUCGGUAGGUUCAUUCAAAACCUUUGCGGACGCUAUUGGACCAAAUGUCAAUCACGUGACCAUUUACGUCAGCAAUCAACACAUUCGAAUCAUGAACGACCAAGGGUUUGAUGAAUAUGUAUGUGACAACUGUCUGUAUGCUCUGAAUGGUCAGGCAGACAGUCAGGGAAUCAACGAGGACAUAUACAUUGGUUUGAAUCGUGUGAUAACAGGUCGAUCAGACAGAAACGGCGAAGGUGUUUGUUCAGCGACGCUGACAUGGAUUUGUCCUCGAUGGUAGAUGGCGGCGUAUAUACAUUUGAUUUUUGAUACAGAAUAAAUACAACAUGUAUUUGAAAAUUCUUAUUUAUAUUUCCUUUUUAUACUAAUAUAACAAUUUAUUUUGAUACAGUUCUUACACUUUUCAUCUAGACGCAUUUUUUCCAGUUAACUUGUAGCAUUUAAAACUGAGAGAAAGAUAAGAAAUAAAUAACAUUAUCAUGA